GCCUGCAGAUGCAAUCGCUGUCACGCUGUCAACUCGCAGAUCAUAGCGGUGAGGUGAGCCGCGUGUAGCGACAAGCAUUGCUGAAGGUGUGGAGUUGAGGGACGAGUUUCGCUUGGCUCACGCACGUCAUCUUCAUCACCAGUCGUAUCCACCUCGCGACUCGUGCUCACUCUUCUGCACCCUUCCCCAGAUAUGGAUCCUCUACACUCUGUCACCUGCCUGUCUCGUGUAUCUCGUGGUGGAGAUUACCGACAUAAUAGCUGGAGGGGUACUAAGGUGUCGUAGUGGUCGUGAUUGUGGUCGUAUCAGUGCGCACCUCAGACUUGGAUACUUUCCCACAUCAUCAUCAUGGUCAACUUCACCGCCUGGCGGAAGAAGCCAACAUCGACAGAAGGCAGGAGCGCCACAGGGACUGAGAAGACUGCACAUGAACCCCGGAAAUGGAGGCUGGGGAUUUUGGACGACCCGUAUACCGAUGAAGUGCCAGGUUCCGUCAUUCUGCUUUCGAAGGCCCAUCAGCGUAACGAACCUCUAGGCCUGCAGCAUGCUCAAGCGCGAACAUCUGCCUCUUCGCUCCCACGCCAAUCGUCGCGCUCGCGACCCCCAGAGAAGAAACGUACAAAGGAUGGAAGGUUCAUACUGGAACCACAACCAGAAGAAUCAGCCAACGACCCGCUGAACUGGCGACAAUUGAGGCGCGACACGUCCCUGAUAUCGCUGGGAUUCUACUGCAUGAUCGGUGGAGGAAUGACUCCCAUCCUGGCUGCAGGGUUCAACGACGUUGCCGAGACGUAUAAUGUCUCCUACUCGCAGGUAACACUGACGACAGGAUUGUACAUGUUGGGACUCGGGCUCGGAAAUGUUGUUGUUUCUCCGACAGCCAUUUUAUAUGGCAAGAGACCGGUGUACUUGGGCGCCAUCAUCAUAUUCUGCCUCUCAUCCAUAUGGUGCGCUCUAUCGCCCAACUACGCUUCCUUGGUUGUGGCGCGUAUCGUUCAAGGGUUUGCCGUGUCCCCAGUCGAGUGCCUUCCCAGUGCCAGCAUCGCCGAGAUCUACUUCCUCCACGAGAGGGCAUACCGCCUUGGAAUAUAUACAUUGCUACUACUUGGAGGCAAGAACCUGAUGCCCCUUGUCAGCGCUGCAAUUGUACAGUCUUUAGGCUGGCGGUGGGUGUUCUGGAUCAUUGCAAUUGUUGUCUUCUGCUGCUUUUUUCUGAUCUUCUUCUUCGUGCCCGAGACUUUCUGGGAUCGGACACCAACAGCGAGAAGCCGGAGUCACCACAGUCGAAGUCGGAACCACAGUCCUGACAAGCAUGGCAAACACUUCCGCUUGCCUUCUGAGCAAAGGGACGCUGUAAGCUCCGCAGGUGACUUACACGACACACAUCAGUCAGCCUUACCAUUGGAGCACUCUAAACAUGUCGGAUUCGCCGAUGAUGUUGCUCAAUUGACUCCUGCUCCCAUCAACGACAGUGUUCUCCCUACAGUGUCUCCACGAGAUGGGAAUCUCCCGCACGCGUCGGGAAGCUUACACUCCGAUCCUGAGAAGCAAGACAACACCUCUGAUAGUCGCAGUCUUUCCACUGCAACACCAGGACGAGCCACUGAUACUGAUCAGGUAUCGGAACAGUUUUCCAUUCACUACACAGACUAUUACCGCUCGGCUCCGCUCAAGUCGUACCGUCAGUCUCUCAAACCGUGGAAUGGCCGUCUCGUAAAAGACAAGUGGAUCCGCGUGAUGGCCAGACCUUUCAUUCUUUUUGCAUACCCUGCCGUGCUCUGGUCAUCUCUUGUGUAUGCUCUUGCCGUUGGUUGGCUUAUCAUUUUGUCGGAAUCUGUCGCCCAUAUCUACAAGGGUGCUGACAACUACAACUUCAACGCACUCCAAGUAGGGUUGGUUUAUAUCUCUCCCUUCGUUGGAGGCAUUCUAGGCACCGCGGUUGCCGGCAAAAUCUCUGACAUCGUCGUUCGUUUCAUGGCACGAAAGAAUGAUGGUGUUUACGAACCGGAAUUCCGAUUGAUCAUGGCAUUACCAAUUACCCUUAGUACUGUUAUUGGACUGAUGGGCUUUGGGUGGGCCGCCGAAGAGAAGGAUAACUGGAUCGUGCCGACCGUGUUCUUCGGAGUCAUCAGUUUUGGAUGUUCGCUUGCAUCAACUACAGCGGUUACAUUUGUGGUGGAUUCGUAUCGAGUAUAUGCUGGUGAAUCACUGGUAACUUUGAAUUUCUGCAAAAAUAUCUUGCAUGGCUUCAUCUUCUCACUUUUCUUUCCAUCCUGGCUGGAACACAGCGGAUCGAAAGACACGUUCCUCGUCAUUGGGGGCAUCCAGCUUGGGUGUAUGAUGUUCUCAAUUCCCAUGUACAUUUAUGGAAAGCGCGCUCGUAUGUGGACGGUCAGGAAGAAACUCAUGGAGAAGUUUUGAUCAACACGGUGAUGGAGACGUCUCUUGACGUUCUAGAAUCGGCAAUUCGACUUGGCAUUACUCAUUGCAUCUAGCACUGUACCCCGGGUUCCAUAGACAAAGGUUAUGUGACGUCAUUGCUAUACAUACAUUCUCUGCGGAGUAUGGGCGAACGUCGGCCGUUCCAUGCAAUAAACAAUAUUCAUUGCGGCGUACACGUGUGACUCGCC